AUGUCACGCCUCUUGAUGACCCGGGCUCUGACACCCAUGUUGCGCUCUACACCAAAGACGAUGAUCGGCGCCCGAUCCGCUUCGGCGGGCCAACAGUACAACCCGCCGACUGGCUAUCUCUUUGGCGAGAAGGUGCGAACGAUGCCUCCUUACCCUUGGUGCUACCCAUCAGAGGAUGCUGACUUUGGACUGUAUUCUCGUACCUCCUCAGCCACCCGCCAAAGGCAAGUCAAACGCCAAGCUCGGCAUCGGCAUUGAGCGACCGCGGAGAGGAGUCGGGAAGGGAAAGCGAUGAACACCCUCACACGAAUUCCGUACUGACUCCCAACAUUGCUUUGCUUCCUAUACUCACAGGUCAAAAACGCGUACGAGAGGAUUGGGAGUUGAUCUUCUACUGGGGGUUCGGAGGUGGAAUCGCCCUCGCGGCCGUGCUCAAGUUCUACCAACCUGAUACGAGGUAAGCACCAAAUACGCUGCGCACGACGCUUUUCAACGCGUCCAUGGCCUCAUUCUUGACCGAAUCCUUGGGUGAUGACAGUCUGGAAGGAUGGGCACGCAAGGAAGCGAAGGCCAAGAUGGCGGCGGCGGGCGAGACGGUCAGUCGUCUUGAUCUCUCGAGAAUGGGUAAAGGAGUCGAAGGAAUGAUCUGA